AUGUUGGGCCUUCCGACUCACCUCACCUCCGCUCUGGCGGCGACUAUCGGGCUUGUCUCUGCAUUUCCUCUCGACACUUCUAAUGCUGCUGGAGACCAAGUCUUUCAGCGGCGAGACAAUACGUGCAAAGUAUCCCUUGAUGAAGUUCCUGUUAUGCAAGGCUUUAAUAUGUCGAUUGCCGCGAACAAAUGGCAGCCAAUUCUAGUCAAGUCAUUCGACCGUAAAGCAACACCGACUUUGACCACAACGCUGGUCAAUUCUGGCCGCUCAACUGUCUACACCAUUCCACCAUCCUUAUCAGUUGUUACUGCUUUCAGUCAAACUGGAUAUAAGGAUAUCGCUGCAUGCUAUCCUACAUUUGCAUGGAUCAACGGCCAACCUUAUCCCAACUGCCUAGGGUCCGCACAUUCCACCUUGGCUACUUACGACGUCCUUCACCUUGGAUCCGAAACGAUCACACCAAAUCCUACGUCGUUCAAUGUGGGAAAGCAACCCGUCACACCUGGGGCAGUGGUAACUGCUGGCUCACAUACAAUAUCGUUGGACACGGAUGGAGGUCUUUCAUUGGAUGGAACCUUGACCAAAUACGUCCAGUUGGUUCCUCCAUUCUGCAGCGGUAAGGGCAAAGGUGGUCCUGCAACCACUCAGUCAGGAGCAAGUACUGGGCUUACGACUUCUCCUGGCGACAGUACGCCGGCCAUUCCGUCUAAUGAUGGCAGUACACCCUCCACUCAGCCUACCGGUGCCACUGCAAGCAACAUACCGUCUACGAAUGGCAACACACCAUCUGCUGAGACUACCAGUGCCACUGCAAGCAAUACACAGACUAACACCAACAGCGGAAGACCCGUUGGGACUGCUAGUGACACUGCAAGCAAUUCACCAACUAUAAGUGGAAGCACGGCAAAUACUGGUGCUACUAGUGCUGCUGAUACCACUCCUGGUGCAGGUACUUCUACCGACGGUACCAGCACCACUAGCAAUAACGCAUCCCCCAAGGCUGGCACUUCCGACUCGACAGACAUGGCCACUGGCUCCAAAACUGCUAGCACUGGUUCCAAAACUGCUAGCACUGGUUCCAAAACUGCUAGUACUGGCUCCAACACGGCUAGUACUGGCUCCAACACGGCUAGUACUGGCUCCGAUACUGCUAGCACUAGUUCCAACACGGCUAGUACUGGCUCCAACUCGGCUAGUACUGGCUCCGAUACUGCUAGCGCUGGCUUCAAUACUGCUAGCACUAGUUCCAAAACUGCUAGUACUGGCUCCAACACAGCUAGUACUGGCUCCAACACAGCUAGUACUGGCUCCGAUACUGCUAGCACUGGCUUCAAUACUGCUAGCACUGGUUCCAAAACUGCUAGUACUGGCUCCAACACAGCUAGUACUGGCUCCAACACAGCUAGUACUGGCUCCGAUACUGCUAGCACUGGCUUCAAUACUGCUAGCACUGGUUCCAAAACUGCUAGUACUGGUUCCAAAACGGCUAGUAAUGAUAGCUCUGGUUCAGCAAACACAGCCACUGCGUCUAAUACUGCCUCCACUGGCACGACAGCUCAGUCAGGUCAAAUGACCCAGACAACACAAAAAACUACAGCUACAUCAUCUACAGGAGGAUGGAUUACUACGUCAGAUGCUUCAACCACUGGUCUAUAUGGAACAAUGACUCUGACUGGCUGGGAGACCUUGAAAAGUCGCACUUCAAUUUCAACUUCUUAUGUCAUAUCGGGAACAAAGACUACUUCUGGGUACAUCUUUGUCAACUCCGGAGGAGUCAUAUAUCAACACUGGCCUCCAGCCACAAUCAAACCUGGUUCAGGGGGCAGUGGGAUCCAUAUUUCCGAUCCAAUCAAGGUGCCAGAGCCUGGUAGCCCUAAAUGUCCUAGUAUCCUAAAGUUUUUGUGUGGUGAUGACCAUACUAGCUCGAGUGGCUCCGGCAGUGAUGUCGAUCCAGAUGAUGAGCCGAACAGUAACCCUGAUGACGAUCCCAAUAAGACUAGCAACCCGACUACUGAGGGAUCUAAAACUACAGCUCAAUCAACCGGUUCGACCACUGCGACUGAUUCGAAAACUUCAACAUCUUCUUGUGCGACUUCCCACACAAUUACAGACUGCGUGGUUACUUGCAGUACCGUGACAGCCACAGGAAAAUCUUCAGUUUCAACCACCUGCCACACUCCUUCAUGCUCUAAAACAGAGGCUUGCUCUGCAACCGGCACUACAUCCACUACAGUCGUCUCAAAAGAAGCAUGCUCUCAAACAAGCUGCGCAACUGCAAGUGAUGCUCCUGAAUACGUCGUAUACCCUGAGACGAUAGAUGUUGCUCACGCAAAGGCAGUUGCCUCAUCUAUGGCGAUUGAGGAGAACGCUUGGUAUUCUUCAGCAGCUGCUGCCAGUACGACUGAAGUCACUACGAGUACAACUGGAAGUGACUCCAAAACAACCGAAACCGCCUCCAGAACUACUAGUACUACGGCCACUACAACUGCAAGUCGCUCCGAAACAACUGGAACCUCCUCUCGAACAACUGGUACUACGACCACUACAGCCAAAACCGCAUCGAGUACGAAUUCCCAAUCAACACCCUCUAUAGGUUCGCAACCUAGCUGUGCGCCCCAGGAUGCGCAACAUACCACAAACUCCCGGGAGUACUUGAUCGAAGCCGCCCGCGGCUACUGCAAUCUCGACAUAAAACGGACAGAGGAUAAAAAGGAGGGGCCUUGUAUCAGCAGCAAUACAAAGGGCAACCCUAAAUUCUUCCUCGAGAUAGAUUUUAGCGAAAAGCAGGGCGGCUGUAAAUCGGCAGGGACCUAUUCGCCUGACUUUGAUGAAUGUCUCAGCAAGUUCACUUCAAUUCUUGAUGACUGUAGGUUUUUUCCUCUCAUAUUUUGA